GGUUUUUCCUCAGUGUUUGCUGUACGCGGCACGAGCGGACGCACGAGGCAGCUGGAGUGGAUAUUACCGGGGAGACGCGCGUGCCAUUACGCAUCGCGCCGCUUCGGAGUGGAGGAGUCAACCGGUAACCGAAGGAGGAGGAGGAGGAGCAGGAGGUCCGAACUCCGGCUCCGGUCUCACGGCGACCACCGGGCGGGGGGUGGGGGGGAAAGUUGCGGGGAAGGAGCGAACGGAGCUCGUGGAUGUUUACCGGGAUUCAGGGUCCGGGUCUGCCCCCAUGGACCGAGAAGAACCGGCGGAUACACGCGGUCCUUAACGGACUCUGACAACGCGCUGGUCCCGUGAGUUUCUGGGGCUCCAGGUACAGGUCCAGGUCCAGGUUCUGGUCCAAGUCUCCAGCGGUAUUUACUCGCUUCACCAUGUCGGUGACAGUUUCUCCGGUUUCCAGAAAGAGAGAGAGAGAGUGAGAGAUACCGAUAGAGAGGGAGAGAGAGAGAGGGGGAGAGAGAGGGAGAGAAAGGGGGGACCGGACUGAGACCGAGCACCGGUCCAUCAUGACCUGUGGGAUUACACCUGGACGGGACAUGGUCCUGAUCAGCGUCCUCUCUGCGCUGCUGCUGCUGCUGCUGCAGGAUGUGUGUGUGGGGGACUCUGAGCUGGGCCCCCCCGGCUGGAGGGAACCGCUGGACUGCGUCCGAGCCUCCGAGCUCUGCAACCAGAACAGCCAGUGCAGCUCCAGGUACCGGAUCAUGAGGCAGUGCCUGUCUGGGGGGGACAAGGAGCGCAGCGCCAUGCUGGCCUCCAGGGAGUGCCAGGGGGCGCUAGAGGUGCUGCAGGACUCACCGCUCUACCACUGCCGCUGCAAGAGGGGCAUGAAGAAGGAGCUGCAGUGUCUGCAGAACUACUGGAGCAUCCACAUGGGUCUGACCGAGGGGGAAGAGUUCUACGAGACGUCUCCGUACGAGCCCAUCCACUUCUCCGAGGAGUUCAGACACGCCUCCAUCAUCUCAGAUUCAUCUUUGUCGAAGGUGAGCCCCUGCUCCGAGGCGGGGAAACCCUGUAACCCCUGCCUGGAUGCGGCGAAGGCGUGCAACCUGAACGAGACCUGCAAGCGUCUACGCUCCGCCUACAACUCCAUCUGCAGCAAGGCCACGCCCCCGCAGCCCUCUGUGGCCAAUCAGGAGCCGUGCAGCAGGAAGAGGUGUCAGAAGGCUCUGCGUCAGUUCUUCGACCGGGUGUCGUGGGAGCUCAGCUACCCUCUGCUGUUCUGCUCCUGUCCGGACCAGGCCUGUGCAGAGCGCCGCCGACGCACCAUCGUCCCGUCCUGCUCCCACCAGGAGAGGCACAAGCCUACCUGUCUGGAGCUGAGGCACACCUGUCGCUCCGACGCCCUCUGCAGGUCUCGACUCGCUGAUUUCCACAUGAACUGCCAGAUGACGUCUCACAGCGUCACCAGUUGUCCUCAUGACAACUACCACGGCUGCCUCAUGUCUUACGUCGGCCUCAUCGGCUCAGAUGUGACGCCCAACUACAGCGACAACAGCCCCUCCAACAUCACCAUCGGCCUGUGGUGCAGCUGCAGGGCCGCCGGCCACCAGGAGCAGGAGUGUGACGCCUUCCACCGAGACUUCACCCACAACACCUGCCUCAAAAAUGCCAUCCAGUCGUUCGGUUACGGCUCAGAGGGAGGAACUCUCCUCGUGACCGAGCCGGCCUCCACCUUCCUGCCCCCGGCCCCGCCCCCCGUCCUCUCUAAACCCGCCCCCUCUCUGCACGGGAACGCCAUCAAACCCAUGGACAGCGCUUGUAUGUUCUCCACGUGUGCCAACCUGCAGGAUGGAGGACAGAAGUGCGUCUCCUCCGACGACUUUGAGUGUGAGGAGGCUCUGCUGUCCCAGGGGUCCAUGGACUCUCAGGACUCAGCGGGUCCCGAGAACAGCAGCUCACCCCCCCUCCUCCACCACAUCUCCAUGACUGUGUGUGUGUUCGUCCUGCCAACGUUUCUGCGCUACGUCUCAUAAAUGUGAACUCAUACGCACACACACAAUCACACACAAUCACACACACACACACACACACACGCACACAUACAGUUAAAUGUCAAGCAACAGACGCACAAACAUCAACAACGACCUUUCAGAGGAGGAAAAGUAUCUGGAGGACGUUCAGAUUAACAGACUCUCUGCACCACACUCACCCAGCAUCAAGGGGGAGGAGGAGAAACAUGGAGGAGGAGGAGGAGGAUGAGAAACAUGGAGGAGGAGGAGGAGAAACAUGGAGGAGGACGGAGGACUAUGGUCGUUGCAGAGUUCUGGUUUCCAUCUCCAUGUCUUGGUGUCUGCAGCUUUCUGUGCAGCUCAGCUCGGACUCUCUCCCUCCAGUUACUGGAUCUGAGGCGACUGGGCUGGAAAACACAAGGACAGCGGCUGCACACACACAAACACACACAAACACACACAAACACACAAAUGGACAAGCAGUCUAAAGAGAGAGAGAGGGAAGUCACUCUCUGGACUUCUCUCUGGAAUCUAAACCACAUCCCUACGAAGCACAAACACCCUCCACACAGUCAGCCCCCCCCCAGGCCUCCGGGUAAACAGGGUCUCCACAUGGACUCAGACACUCAUGUCCUACACCGGUCAGUGUGCUUAUCGCGGGUCUUUAUCUCAGUUUUGUUGUGGACAUUCUGUACAAACUUCAUUUGACAUUUAACGUGAAACAUGAAGAAAAAAAAAAGAGAAUCCCAUCCAGCGCAGUUUCAGUGGAAGAGUGUAUAUUUCACAUCUGUAAAUGUAAAGUUGUGUGAGUGUGUGAGUGUGUUUGUGCACGAGUGCCUGAAUGUGUCUGUGUGUAUGGAAGCAAACGAAGGAUCUGAAUCUGAAACGUGAUCAAGCAGGAACUCGGCCAUUCCACUCACUCCCUGAUGGAUUUAAGUUCUCAGAUUUAACAUCUUCAGGUUUGAGCCCAUAGACCGUAUAUAAAUAUGGACUAAACAUGUCUCCUCCAUAGACUAUAUAUAAAUAUGGACUAAACAUGUCUCCUCCAUAGACUGUAUAUAAAUAUGGACUAAA